CCGCCGGCGACAUUUUCCAUCUAAGUGCUCCCCCCAAACCCCACCACCACCAUGAUAGAUCAAUAAAGCUCACCGACUCUAACAGCAGCCCACUUGUUUCACUUCACUUGCUCAACAUCCAACACUUUACUUGUGAAAUUUUUCGAAUACUAGUUCUUCAAAAAAUGGACUCAACAAACUCCACCCCAGCCGACCCAGCUCCUCUCUCGCCGGACGACGCGGCGGCGAGAGCGCUGAACAAACGCUACGAGGGUCUCGUAACUGUUCGAACAAAGGCCAUAAAGGGCAAAGGAGCUUGGUACUGGGCUCACUUGGAGCCUGUCCUGGUCCGCAACACCACCACCAACCUUCCCAAAGCUGUAAAGCUCAAGUGUCUUCUCUGCGACGCCGUUUUCUCCGCCUCAAACCCUUCCAGAACCGCCUCCGAGCACCUCAAGCGCGGCACGUGUCCGAAUUUCACCUCCGUCUUGCGACCCAUUUCGUCGGCGUCGCUCUCGCCGCAGCCCAUCUCGUCUCUGCCGUCGCCGUCGUCACACAACCACAGAAAACGAAGCUCGGAAAUGGGUACUCUAUUCUCUCCUAUAUCUCAGGCCCCCACCUCUACUUCGAUUCAAGUACAUUCUUUGGCUAUGAUCGAGGCCCCCGGUUUUUGCGGCGACAUUUACUCACACAACCCGAACCCGGGUCCGGGUCCGAGCCCGACCCCGGUCGGGUUGAGCCAGCAGCACCAUUUGGUGUUGUCUGGUGGGAAAGACGACUUGGGUGCUUUGGCAAUGUUGGAGAAUAGUGUCAAGAAGCUUAAAAGCCCCAAGCCUUCUUCUGUUGGUGUUUCAUUGACUAAGGAGCAGGUUGAUUCUGCGCUUGAGUUGUUGUCUGAGUGGUUCUAUGAGUCAUGUGGGUCUGUCUCGUUUUCGAGCCUCGAGCAUCCCAAGUUCAAGGCCUUUCUUGGCCAGGUGGGCUUGCCGGCGGUGUUGCAAAGGGAGCUUUCGGGUGCUAGGCUUGAUGCUAAGUAUGCCAAGGCCAAAGCUGAAUGUGAAGCUAGGAUAAGGGAUGCAAUGUUUUUUCAGGUGGCUUGUGAUGGUUGGGAGAGUAAUAGUUUUUGUGGUGGGGAGGAGAGUAUGGUUAAGUUUAUGGUUAAUCUUCCGAAUGGGAGUAGUGUGUUUCAGAAGGCUGUAUUUACUGCAGGGUCAGUCUCGUCGAAAUAUGCUGAGGAGGUAAUGUGGGAUGCGGUGAGUGGCGUGUGUGGGAAUGCUAUGCAGCGUUGUGUGGGGAUUGUGGCUGAUAAGUAUAAAGCCAAGGCGUUGAGGAAUUUGGAGAGUCAGAAUCAUUGGAUGGUGAAUGUUUCGUGUCAGCUACAGGGGUUUAUUUCUUUGAUCAAGGAUUUUCACAAAGAACAUAAAUUGUUUAUGGUUGUUACUGAUAAUUGCUUAAAGGUUGCCAAUUUUGUAAAUACCACCACCGAGGUUAGGCGGAUUUUCCAGAAGUACAAGAUGCAGAAGCUUGGGUAUGCUGGGUUGCUCCAAGUUUCUUCUUCCAAAUGCGAUAGUUCAAAAGACUAUGCACUUGUUUAUGCAAUGCUGGAGGAUAUGUUGACCUGUUCCAGCAUACUUGAAAUGGUGGUAUUGGAUGAUUGCUAUAAGGAAACAUGUGAGGAGGAUUCAGUUGCUAGGGAAGUUGCAGUGAUGAUUCAAAAUGUAGGAUUCUGGAAUGAACUAGGGGCAGUUUAUUCAUUUAUGAAGCUGAUAAGAGGGAUGACUCAGGAGAUUGAAGCUGAGAGGCCAUUAAUUGGGCAAUGCCUACCCCUUUGGGAAGAGUUGCGAACAAAAGUGAAGGGAUGGUGUGCCAAGUUUAACAUUGAUGAAGGACCUGUUGAGAAAAUAGUUGAAAAACGGUUCGCAAAGAAUUAUCACCCAGCAUGGUCAGCUGCAUUUAUACUUGAUCCACAAUACUUGAUGAGGGACACUAGUGGAAAGUACCUUCCACCAUUCAAGUGCUUGACGCAUGAGCAGGAGAAGGAUGUAGAUAAGCUCAUUACCAGAUUGGUAUCCAGGGAAGAAGCGCAUGUUGCAUUAAUGGAGCUGAUGAAAUGGAGGACAGAAGGAAUGGAUCCGCUCUAUGCUCAGGCAGUUCAGGUUAAACAGCAAGAUCCUGUAACUGGGAAAAUGAAAAUUGCAAACCCGCAGAGCAGUCGACUUGUGUGGGAAACUUGUCUAAGCAAAUUAAACAUACUGGGGAAGGUUGCAGUGAGACUUAUCUUCCUCCAUGCAACGUCAUUUGGAUUUAAGUGCAAUUGGUCUUUCAUGAAAUGGAUUUGUGUACAUAGGCACUCAAGGAUAGGCCUGGAAAGGGCAGAGAAGAUGAUAUUCAUUGCCGCCCAUGCAAAGCUUGAAAGAAGGGAUCUCUCUAACGACGAAGAAAGGGAAGCAGAGCUGUUUGCGACUGCAAGUGUUGAUGAUGAGAUGCUGAAUGAGGGCCUUUCCGAUGCACCCACAGUGUAAUGUUUUUCUUUUUUACUCCUCUAGGAUUCUGUAAUUGUAGGGUUAUUGAAUUCUUUCAUCUUUCUU